AUGGCUGCGUGCGGGGCUCCGUCGGCGGCGCUGGCUGCUGCGCUCUGCACCCUGGUGGCGGCGGCUGCGGGUGGCGACGGAGGGUGGCGGUGGCGCGGGCCCGGGGCGGCGGCGGUGGCGGUGGCCGAGGAGGAGCGCUGCACCGUGGAGCGCCGGUCCGACCUCACCUACGCCGAGUUCACGCAGCGCUACGCCUAUUCCAGACCCGUCAUCCUGACCGGGCUCGCGGACAACUCGAGGUUCCGCACUCUGUGCUCCCGGGACAAGCUGCUGGCCUCGUUCGGAGACCGCAUCGUGCGGCUCAGCACCGCCAACACCUACUCGUACCGCAAAGUGGACCUGCCCUUCGAGGAGUAUGUGGAGCAGCUACUGCGGCCCCAGGACCCCGCCUCUCUGGGCAAUGACACCCUGUACUUCUUUGGGGACAACAACUUCACCGAGUGGGCGUCUCUUUUUCGACACUACUCCCCACCCCCGUUUGGCCUGCUGGGCACCACUCCUGCUCACAGCUUCGGGAUUGCUGGUGCUGGUUCUGGGGUGCCCUUUCACUGGCAUGGGCCUGGGUUCUCAGAGGUCAUCUAUGGCCGCAAGCGCUGGUUCCUGUAUCCCCCGAGGGAGACACCUGAGUUCCAUCCCAACAAGACUACGCUAGCUUGGCUCCAGGACACAUACCCAGCCCUGGCACCAUCACAGCGGCCCCUGGAAUGCACCAUCAGGCCGGGGGAGGUGCUGUAUUUCCCUGGCCGGUGGUGGCACGCCACUCUCAACCUGGAAACCACUGUCUUCAUGUCUACGUUUCUCAGUUAGCCAGCAAGUGGGGCAGCGCACACCACACAACGGCCCAGGGCGUCACAGGUUUAUUACAGGGACAGUGGAGGCAACAGUGGGCCUCAGCCAAGCCCACUUUUACCUACUGUCUACCUCCCACCCGGUAGUAUGACAGGGCAGGCUGUGGCCCAGAAAGCAAAACCAAUUGGGGUUGGGGGUGGGUAUAGGGCUAGGGUAAGGAACACAAA